GUAGCCGCCGAUUUCCAUCUGUGUGACGAAAAUGUUUGCGUAUUACUUCAUUCGCCAGACCCCGGAGGGGGCAUCCUCUUCGGUGGUACCUUGGAAAGCUUCGAAAACCUGCGACUCCAAAUGGCAACCGCCGAGUCAGAUCUCGGCCAUUCAUCUGUCAGUACCCCUGACCGGGACAUUCUUCGAUUUUUAUGUGAACUUUGCCUGGACGCUGGACUACCCUCGUGUGCUCUGAAUUUGGCCCUUCAACUGCACUCGGUUGCCCGGCAGGAACGACACGAAUUCCCAGACACUGAUUCGAACGGAAUCGAAUGGAUGCAGACAAAAUCCCACGAGACACCCCCCUUUUCUUCUUACGUUUCUGUCGAUCCCACUCCGGUGGGUUUGUCAGCUGAACUAUGGACACGCAUUGUCAAAAUUUGUCCCCAAGUCUCCCCACUGCUCGCCGUCGUGCCCGCCCAUUGUGACCCGCCUCCGGAAUGUUGCUCUUACGGGGAAAAUGGUUCUGCGGCUUGCGGGGAAAAUAAAGAACUCCUAUUCCUGGAAGCUCCCCACUUUGUCAAAGUUCAUGAAUUCUCCGCAAAAGAACAACAGCUCCUGGCCCACUCCCUGGCACUACAUGAGCAGCAGCAGCUGAGUGAAUGUGAACAGCAGACGGAAGAGAAGCAACUAAACACUGACUUGUCGUCUGGUAUUUGCACCGAUGUGUCGGUCCAACCUGUCAACGAUGACUACCUGGCGGCCGUGUACGACAUGACGGAGUGCAGUCAGCGCACUGCUGCUGCUACUCCUCGAGCUGAACUGGAUGCCACUUGUGUUGAUGGGGAAACAACCGCCGUUUACCAGCGGGCAUCAGCCAAAGAACAAGCCGGAUGGGAUUUCUCGGAAACUCUGGACGAUGUGCCCGCGUCGACUGAGCCUUCGCCGGAGGACGAGCAGUUCUUUGACUCACCCAUCAAGGAAGACUCCUCUCUGGUUCGCCAUCGUCGAACUUCCAUACUGCGUUGUACAGAUCGAAGUACCUUAAGUCCAGAUGGGGAACACAAUCGAAGCGUCCGAAAACGCGUCCGCUUCUCCCUUGGUGCAGCUCAUCCUAGUCCGGCGUUGGAAGCGGAAUAUGGCGGUCGAAGUAACCGACGACGUCUGAUUGACUUCGCCCGUCGGCGACAACUCCUGGCCAACGGUGCUGACGCUUCAGAUUUAUUCCCCGCAGAUAACCUGUACAAUGUCCUGUUCAAUACCAACUAUAAUCCCCUGUUCCUUGUGUUCCGGUGCACCCGUUAUCUGCUCAAAUUGCUUCACAUGCUCAUCUUCCAUGCUCGUGUGCAACUUUUUAUUUGGUGUUCCCUACUGAUUUGUCUGUUCUUCUUCGCCACCUUGUUGGUUUGUGGCUCUUGUCUGAAUAUGCCCUGGUCGACAUUGUUUCCGCCCCCUUCUCUAAUGACCAAGUCCUGGAACGAUGGGGCACCGUCUAAAUCCCUCACUUCGGAAGUUUGCACCCGGUACUUUGUUUGGUUGAAUUCCUAUUGGACCCAAUGGGUCGGUUCCUGAUACGGCACCUCUCUCCCAAUGGACUGCUAGUGCCAGAUAAGGCUGUGAUGAUACGCUGCGUUGUCCUGAUAACAAAUAUCGUCUGAUAUCCCAUGUGUACAUAUGUGCUCUUUAAUCUGGGUCAUUUUCCACAUUCUCUACCGUCUGCUCAUGAGCAUGGCUCAUUCCCUUCCGUGAAUCCACUGUUUUCUCUCCUCUCCCUCCGUCCCGGUUGUCCAUCAUUCCCCCUGAAGCAAUCAAUUGUGAACGAGCGCCUUUUAGAUAGAUAGACAAAACUUAUUUGAGCGCGAUUGCUGCGCAGUUUUGUUUUUUCUACACUCCCUCACCAACUUUGUCACCGCUGCAUCUACUCGUAGCUGUUUCCCGUUUCUUUGUGUUCUUUGAUGUUGUAAGUGUUGUCUUUGUUGUAAGACUGGGCGAUAUGCGAGAGUCACCCCCGGGUUAUCGCUCCUUCUAAUCUGAAUGAAACGAUAAUGCUUUCUCCCAACCCAUGUGAAGUUCUUCUCUCCUACUGUAUUCUUAAAGGCGACUUAUGGUUAUACUUUACGGACCUA